UCACGAAGAUGGCGAGAGGAAGAGGAGGUGUGGUUCUGCCUCUGGGUCUGCUGGUGCUCUGUGGUUUGUUCCUCUUUUGUGAGUGACUCAGUGUGUCUCUGUACUGCAGUGUGUCAGUGUGUGUUUGUGCGAUAACUGUCAGUCAUGAAGAUCCUGGUGCUGCUGCUGGUGCUCCUCACAGUCUCUGAAUGUGAGAAGAAUGUCACUGGAAGAACGGGUCAGAACAUCACUCUGCCCUGUAAAUAUGACAUAAAAACCAACGGACCUACAGAGGUGUGCUGGGGUCGAGGUCCUCUUCCCGACAGCAAAUGCAGCAACCAGCUCCUCGCCACAGACGGACAUAAAGUGAUCAAAGAAAGCAGAGCUUCCAGCAGGUAUCAGCUGCAGGGACGACUGGAUGAAGGAGACGUUUCUCUGACCAUCAUGAACGUCACAGAGGAAGAUGCUGGACUGUACGGAUGCAGAGUGGAGAUUAGUGGACUAUUCAAUGAUGAGAAACAUCCUGUCCACUUAACUGUUAACAGAGCACCACGUUUGAUCUCCACACCUUCAUCAGGAACAACAUCUUCAUCACCAGACAUUCAUCAGACCACAGCAGCCACUCCAACUUCAGUUCCUUGUCCUGCAGGUCACAUGACCUCCACAGACAACAACCGGACUGCUUCAGCCUUGGAGGACUCAGAUAAGGGCGUCACCUUGGUGGUUCUGGCGUCGGUCGUGUUCAUGCUGCUGGUUCUGGUGACAGCAGGCGUCCUCAUCAUCAUGGACAGAAGAUGGAAGAAGCAGAAAGUGCUGAGCCGCCCCCCGCAGAUGAAACGCCCCACUCAGGUGGAAGAGAACAUCUACCACAUUGAUGCGAAGGACGAUGGAGUCUACGAGACGUGUCCCUGAACGGGAAUCUGGGGGGCGUUCUCUUCUUCUAUGUCAAAAGCCCACAGUGCGUGGUGUAGCGUAAAAAAGGAUGAUUGAGAAGAAACGAACUGCAACCAAACAAGUGUAUGAGUCAGAAAUUGACUGACUUCAUGGGGUUCAGGCUUCUGUGUCGUCCAUUCAUUUCUGAAAAUGGAAUAAUUAAGGCAUCAUCCUUUACUUAUUCUGUUUUGUGGCCAAAAGAAAUCAAGCCUGUCGAUUUCUAGGACAUAGUUUCAGCAGAGCGGCAGGAGUUCAUCAGAAACAGGUGAGCAAUGUUGGAGCUGUGUAAUGAUACACCAGAUUGUCAUCUCACUGAUUACCAGCCUUUCACAUUUUAUGAUGCUUUUUAAGGUUUUCAUACUUUGAGUAAAUGAUUCACAAUCUACUUUAUCUAAAAACUAUAUACUUUAUUUGUUGGAAAUAAAUACUUUUCUCGGUGUCAAGUGU